CUCGCCGGAAAUAGCCAAAAAGGCUCACGAGCACGCCGUCAUUUGUGCUGACCAGUUUGCCAAUCUGGAUAUUAAAUUCAGUCAGACUAACCUCACAAAACAGGACUCGAACUGUUGUAUCAGAUAACAGCGUGAACAGCCUUUGCCAUGUCCCGUUUCUUCGCCACCGGAUCCGACAGCGAGUCGGAAGAGUCCUCAUCCUCGGACGAGCUCGCCCCUAAAGCGACCGGCACUACUUUCAACAAACAAGCCUUGUUGUUGAGCGAUGAUGAAGAAGACACCAAAAGAGUGGUUCGCAGCGCCAAGGAUAAAAGGUUUGAGGAGCUGACCAACUUUAUUACAACCAUCCGCAAUGCCAUGAAAAUUCGCGACAUAGCCAAAUGUCUGGAGGAGUUCGAGCAACUAUGCCGAGCGUUCUUCAAGAGCAAAGCAAUUGUGGAUAAAGAGGGAGUUCCCAAGUUUUACGUUCGCCUGCUGGCCGACUUGGAGGAUUACCUCAACCAACUAUGGGAGGACAAGGAGGGUAAAAAGAAGAUGAACAAAAACAAUGCUAAAGCUCUGAGCACGCUGCGGCAGAAGAUCCGCAAGUACAACCGUGACUUUGAGACGGAGAUCAACACCUACAAGGAGAACCCUGAACAGUCUGCUGAUGAGGAGGAGGAGAAGGAGGAAGCUGGAUCUGGCAUGUCAUCGGACAGUGAAGACGAAGGAGCAGGGAAAAGUGUCGCAAAGAGUUUUUUAAAGAAGAAGCCUGCAGCUGAGCCAGCUCCUGACGCCAGCAAGUUCCUCAAGGGGGCAGUUGCUGACGAUGAAUCGGAAAGCAGCGACGAGGAUGAUGCAGACUGGGGCAGUGACUCCAUGGAUGGCAGCAGUGUGAGUGACGACAACGAAGGCAACACUGCAUCCCUGGCCACGGCUUUCCUCAAAAAGGCGCAGGAUGGAGAUAAACUGUCGGGUGACCGCAAAAAGGACGACAGGAAGAAAAAGAUCAAAAAGAAGGAGCGUGCUGAUGAUGAAGGAGAGGAGGAGGGUGGAGAAGGUGAUGAAGGAGACUGGAAGCAGGUGAGGGGAGGAGUUCCUCUGGUCAAGGAGAAGCCCAAGAUGUUCGCCAAAGGCACAGAGAUUAAUGUCGCUGUGGUUGUGAAGAAACUCAACGAGAUCCUUCAGGCACGAGGAAAGAAGGGAACUGACAGAGCUGCUCAGAUUGAGCUCCUCCAUGCUCUUGCGGGCAUCGCUGAAGAGAACAACCUGGGUCAAGGCAUCAUGGUUAAAAUCAAGUUCAACAUCAUUGCCUCCCUAUACGACUACAACCCCAAUCUGGCUGCCUUCAUGAAGGCGGAAAUGUGGAAGAAGUGCCUGGACUGCAUUGACGAGCUGCUGGACAUCCUGUUUGGCAACAACAACAUUUUCAUUGGCGAAAACAUCGCUGAAGACAGUGAGAGCUUGGCUGUCUCUGACCAGCAGCCAUUCCGUGUUCGUGGUUGCAUCCUGACACUUGUGGAGAGAAUGGACGAGGAGUUCACAAAGAUUAUGCAGAACACAGACCCCCAUUCCCAGGAGUAUGUGGACAACCUGAAAGACGAGGGGCGAGUCUGCGCCAUCAUCGAUCGCUUGGUGCAGUACCUGGACACCAAAGGCACGACAGAGGAAGUGUGCCGUGUCUACUUGCGCCGCAUCAUGCACACCUACUAUAAGUUUGACUACAAGGCUCACCGUCGCAGCCUGGGCUUGCAGGGGGAGAGCAAAUCUGAACAGGACCAGGAAGAGAGCGAGGGAGAGGACAGUGCGGUCCUCAUGGACCGCUUGUGCAAGUUCAUCUACGCCAAGGACCGCACUGACCGAAUCCGCACCUGCGCCAUUCUGUGUCACAUCUACCACCAUGCUCUGCACAGCCGGUGGUACCAGGCUCGUGACCUCAUGCUUAUGAGUCACCUGCAGGAUAACAUUCAGCAUGCUGACCCUCCUGUACAGAUCCUCUACAAUAGGACCAUGGUGCAGCUGGGCAUCUGCGCCUUUCGCCAGGGCAUGAUCAAAGACGCUCACAAUGCUCUGCUAGACAUCCAGUCAAGCGGCAGAGCGAAGGAGCUCCUUGGUCAGGGUCUGCUCAUGAGAAACAUGCAGGAGAGAAACGCAGAGCAAGAGAAGAUCGAGAAGAGGCGACAGGUGCCAUUCCACAUGCACAUCAACUUGGAGCUGCUGGAGUGUGUGUAUUUGGUUUCAGCCAUGCUGCUAGAGAUCCCCUACAUGGCAGCGCACGAGUUUGAUGCCCGUCGCCGUAUGAUCAGCAAACAGUUCCACCACCAGCUGCGUGUGGGAGAGAGACAGCCCUUACUCGGACCCCCUGAGAGCAUGAGGGAGCACGUCGUGGCUGCAAGUAAAGCCAUGAAGAUGGGUGACUGGCGCACGUGCCACUCCUUUAUCAUUAAUGAGAAGAUGAACAGUAAAGUGUGGGACUUGUUCCCCGAGGCACAGCGUGUACGUGAAAUGCUCGUCAGGAAAAUUCAGGAGGAAUCGUUACGUACCUACUUGUUUACCUACAGCAGUGUGUAUGACUCCAUCAGCAUGGCAACCCUAUCCAAGAUGUUUGAGCUCGAGUUGCCAAUGGUCCACAGCAUCAUCAGCAAGAUGAUCAUCAAUGAAGAGCUUAUGGCAUCUCUCGACCAGCCAACUCAGACGGUGGUGAUGCACAGGACCGAGCCCACAUGCCUGCAGAACAUGGCACUGCAGCUGGCAGAGAAGCUGGGCGGCCUGGUAGAAAACAACGAACGCGUCUUUGAUCUUAAACAGGGGGUCUAUGGAGGCUACUUCAACAGGGAUCAAAAAGGUGGCUACCAGCAGAAGCAAGGCUACCAGAGAGAUCAGAAAGGUUCCUACCAGCAGAAACAAAACUACCAGAGAGGAUCCUACCGGAACCAGAACCAAGGCUCUUACUGAGUUCAUUUAAAGCAAAUCUCUCAUUCCAUUCUCACCUCUGUGCACUUCCGUCAUCUUCACUGCGCUAGUAUUUACAGCAGUAAUGUCAUCUUAUUUACAGCUUUUAUUCUUGCGCAGGUUUGCAGCUGGAUUAAACAUCAAUCCAGAUAUUUAAAGUUAUCCUCAAACAAGAUUUCCUUCACCUUAGUUGAUUUAAAUGCAUUAAGGGUGGAGCAGAUUUAAUAGUAAAAAAAAAAUAAGAUGGCACAGGGAAGCAUUUCAUUAGUGUUUUUUUCUUUCUUUUUUCUCUGUGAUGCCCAAUACAAAUGACAAAAUAAAUAUUGUUCAGUUGAAAAA